AACAUUUGCAUUGGUGUCCAUGACAGGGCAGAUGUGAGCAUCUAGAUCUUUUUUUUAGCAUUCCAGUUGAAUAUGAUAAUUUGCCUUUGGUUCGGCGAGAUGGGAAUGGCGGAUACGCACAUCUGCGCCCGUCGACUGAACGGUUGUGUGUAGAGAGUUUGAAUUGUCGGAAGAGUUUGGUAUUAAUUGGAGUAGCUGUGAUAGGAGAUUAGAUGAGAACGAAGGAGAUUGAGAGAGUGAGAGAGGGAGAGCGACAUAGAUCCAGCAUCAGCAAUGGAGGCACUGGAGCGUUUGCAAGCAGUUCAUGCCCACCUUCGGCUUCUUCAUACCCAUGAUAUCAUCACUACCCACAGCCCUUCCAACCGAUUUCUCGCUGAUUUUCUCCUGCUGCUGGGUGAAUCGGCCGGGAAUUCUGCCGAGAUGGAGGAGCUAUGUGGAGUGUUGGUACAUGCAAUUCCGAAGAUGAUGAGGACAUCCUUGUUUGAUGAGAUGGCAUGUGCGAAUGCGUCAGCUGCUGGUAGUAGAUCAGUACCUAACUCGCCCAGGAGCCCAGGAGAUGAGCUCAAGAUCGAGGAUGUGACUCCGCCUAAAAGUAAUCGUAAAGGUCAUCGAAGGAGUAAGAAUUCAGAGAUGAGCCCAUUUGUAAGAGAGAAAACAUUGACGACGCCAGACCACAGAAGUGCAUCAUACGAAGGUGGUGUAGUGAAUUGCCUGAUAAGUUUUAAGAGCAUGGAGAGGGCUCGCUCCACACUUGAAGAUUUUUGCAGGUCGUACUUUAUGUUUCAUAACAUGGACGUGCACAAUCCCAUUCACGUCUUUCGCUACCUGCCGCUCCUUGUCUUUGUCGAGUCCUACAUAUAUCAGCUAGAUGAGCAGAACGAAGAUCAAUUAUGUUUUUCAGCAUUAACGGGAGACUCAAAACCUUCAUGCGAGGUCUCAAGUGAGUUCGCAAGUGGAUUAGGAAAGGAUCCAUUCGCAGGAUUGCGAGUUGUACUGCAGGAACAUGAUUUACUAACAAAGAGGAUUGAAGAUGAGCUAAUGAAUGGUCUUCAUUAUUGGCAUUUGGAGCAUAUUCUUUGUACUGCGAUUUCAGCUAAAGAAGAGGUUAAGGCUGAUGAUGUUGUGGAAGCUUUACGCCUCAAGUCAUUUGACUAUCGUGUGCUAAACCUUCUCAUGUAUGGUUUGCGCAAUGAACCGGUCAAUGAGGCGCACUUUGAGUUUCUUUCUAUCUCGGAGCUUCUCGUGGAGAUGGCUGAUGAUUUGUACGACUAUGAGGCAGAUAUAGGCAAGAAUAGCUUCAACGUGCUUCGAAUGUUUUUGUACAUAUUCGGGCCUAGUGAAGCCCCAACAAUGCUUGCUGAUUUUAUUGGAAGAAGUGAAGACAAGUAUCAAAUUCUGUUGACAGAGCUGGAACCGCAUCUUCAAGUCCAGUAUAACAAACGGUGCGAGGAGGCUGUCAAAGAAGGUGUUUACAAGGGUAGCCACAGAUGUGAGGGGCAGGCCAAAACAAGGAUGCCUACGGCAAACACACUACUUCCAUAACCUCGCUCACCAAAGCUGAGAGUUGAUAUACCGAAUGAGCAGGAGUAUGUUUAUUCAUUUGCGUUUAUUCCGAGCUUUUUUUAUGCACAUUGGUGUCCUCUUCUCGAACAGGUCUAGCAGUCCAUAGAGGACAUCUGUACCCAAACAUGUCCAUGGUCAAGGCAUGUCUAUAGAAGUGGGAUAAUCGAUUUGUGUUAACCGUUCUAUCUGGUUUAGUAGGUACUGAUGAUAAUGGAUGUUUUUUAGUCAGUUUCACAUCCAGUGAAGGGUUUUAUAUAUUGGUUUGAAAGGUAGUAUCUACAAGAGAUUCCGCAGAUUCUGCCUUCGAAUUUGUGAUGCGGGUAAUAUGAAUAUUCAUUAGUGCUUUUAUUGUGCUGGAUCUGGCCUGCGGAUAUAUAGAAGCAUUUAUUUGACUGCUGAAGACAUCUGUUUCGAA